AUGGACUUCCUUAAGGUUGUUUGUGACACCCAGCUAGUGGAAGAAGAGACUGUGGCCCCUCCAAAGCCUAAAAGUGUUGCUUCCUCCAUGAACACCUAUGAUGAUGGUGUGAUGACGAAAGGAGAUGAAUAUGGAGCCCCUAUUAUCUCCCGUGGUUUUAGUGUUGAACUCAUUCACCGUGAUUCUUUCAAAUCACCAUUUUACAAUCCUACACAAACUAAAUUUCAAAGAAGUUUCAAUAUUGUGCAACAAUCUAUCAAUCGCGCCAAUUAUUUAUUCAAAGAACCUUCUCAUACUAAAAACAAACUUGAGUCAUAUAUGCCCUAUGAUGACGGCACAUAUAUCAUGAGUUAUUCGGUUGGUACCCCACCAUUUAAGGUUUAUGGAAUUUUAGAUACAGGUAGUAACUUAAUCUGGCUUCAAUGCAUACCUUGUAAUUCAUGUUACAAUCAAACAUCUCCUAUUUUUAAUCCUUCAAAAUCUUCAAGCUACAAAAAUAUUUCAUGCUCAUCUAGAACAUGUAAAUCUAUGGAGGAUACUUCUUGUUCUUACACUGGAGAUGUUUGCCAAUAUACAUUAGAUUAUGGUCGUGGAUAUAACACAAGUGGGGAUCUUGGUGUAGAGACUCUUACAUUGGAUUCGGUCACCAACUCUUUUGUCUCAUAUCCUAACAUUGUUAUAGGAUGCGGACACAAUAAUGGUCAACCAAUGUAUAAUGGUCCAAGUUCAGGUGUUAUUGGCUUUGGAAUUGGAGAUACGUCACUAAUUAAACAAUUAGGACCUUUAAUUGGAGGAAAAUUUUCAUAUUGUUUAAUUGAUCAAUAUAAUAGCAAGUCUAUUAGAUCUAGCAAACUCAAUAUUGGAGAUGAUGCUAUUGUUACCGGUGAUAACGUUGUCUCAACUCCUAUAGUAAAAAUGAUAGGAAACCGCCAAAAGGAUUAUUACUACCUAACUGUGAAAGCAUUUAGUGUGGGAAAUAAAAGAAUAAAGUAUAGAGGGUUUAAACGUGAAGGAACAAAUGCUUCUACGCAUAACAUCAUAAUUGACUCGGGUACUCCUGUCUCUAUUCUUCCGCAUCGUUUUUACUAUAGGUUAGAAUCAGCUAUGAAAAAAAUGGUUAAACUAGAGCGUUUUCAAUUUAAUGAAGAUCCAUCCCGCCUUUGUUAUAAUACCACAUCCAAACAACAAAAUUUUCCACCAAUUACAAUACAUUUUAAAGGUGCGGAUGUUAAAAUAGAUUCUAAGGGAGCCUUUUAUUCUUUAUUCCAAGGAGAGGAAGUUAAAUGUUUUGCAUUUCGCCCCUACGAAAAUGGAUUAGGCAUCUUUGGAACCAUGGCACAAGUGAACUAUUUAAUUGGGUAUGAUCUCAACAAAAACAUUGUCUCUUUUAAGCCCAUCGAUUGUACUAGCUAUUGA